GGCCCUGGGCAUCGGGGGCCUUCUUCCUGGGCCCCAGGUGGCAUCUGGGCAGCACUGUUGGCCUGGCAGGGAUCUGUGUGUCGUGGGUGGACGGGAUCGGCUCCCCUGCCAGCCUCUCCUGAGGGCUGCCGGGCUCGUCUGUUGACCCUGCCUUGCCCAGUGCCGAGCCCUGGCACCCUCGCGGCCGCCAGGUGCCUGGGGCGCUCCUGUCACCCCUGUUGACAGUUUGGGGUGGUGCCCUCUGAAGUGAGUUGAGUUGGUUUCCCGAGAGAAACCCUGUGUGCCUGGCUUCAUUUGGGGCCCUGAAAGUCUGGCUGGGAGCAGAAACCUGACGAUUCCGUCCUCAAGGGCCCGAGAGUCUGGGCAGAGAGGCUGGGCGGGAAAGGGCCAGCGCGUGUGCGAGGCCCAGAUGAGAGGGGCCGCGGCCAGCCUCCGCCUGGGAGACUCUUGUGGCUCUGGAGCCUCUUGCUCUGUGUGACCUUGGGCAGGUCCCAGGAGGUCUCAGCUGCGGUUUCCUCGUCUCUGAAAGGGGAAGAGCCUAAAGGUCUCGGAAGAUCUCGGUUCGGUGGCUGCGCAGAGAAGCUGGACCCUGUAAAAUCACUGGCGACCAGCUGUCUCAAACUGUAGAGGUGGUGAUGUGUAAGCUAGCAGUGACCCUUGCUCAGUGUCACCUGCCUGAUCUCCGUUGUUGCCAGGAUAGCCACCCGCACCCUGAGAGAAGACAGGGUGCUCUUUUCUCCUCGGACGCCAGGCCUCCUCGCUGGAGAGGCAGCGUCCUCGCGUGGCCGCCUGCCUUGCUCACAGCCUGUGCCCCGGGGAGCCGGGCUUGCAGACGACAGCAGUGGUGUCCAUGGGCUCUGCGGACCCUCAGUUCAGCCUCGCAGAGAUCCUGUCACAGAACUGCGGCCUCCAGGAGGAGUGCAGGGAGGCCACGAGCAGCCCAGAGAAGCAGGAGGAGGAGCUGGAGAAGGAUUUCAUCUCCCAGAGCAGCGACAUGCCACUCGACGAGCUGCUCGCCCUCUAUGGCUACGAGGCGUCCGACCCCAUCUCAGAGCAGGAGAGCGAGGGCAGCGACGCCACAGCCCACCUCCCGGACAUGACCCUGGACAAGGAACAGAUAGCAAAGGAUCUGCUCUCAGGGGAGGAAGAGGAAGAGACACAGUCCUCAGCUGAUGACCUCACCCCGUCCGUGACCUCCCACGAGGCCUCCGACCUUUUCCCUGAGCAGAGUGGACACAAAGAGCCCGGCUCCUCCGCCUCAUCCGACACCGAGGAGGACCCUCUUCCCGCCAACAAAUGUAAGAAGGAGAUCAUGGUUGGGCCUCAGUUCCAAGCCGACCUUAGCAACCUGCACUCAAACCGCCGCGGAGAGAAGAUGUAUGAGAAUGAAGACCAGCUGCUCUGGGCCCCCAGUGUCCUCCCCGAGAGGGAGGUGGAGGAGUUCCUGUACCGGGCGGUGACGCGCAGGUGGCACGAGGUGGCUGGGUCUCAGCUCCCAGAGGGCGAAACCGUGAAGGACAGCGAGCAGGCGCUGUAUGAGUUGGUGAAAUGCAAUUUCAACAUCGAGGAGGCUCUGCGGAGGCUGCGGUUCAACGUGAAGGUGAUCCGAGACGGGUUCUGUGCGUGGAGCGAGGAGGAGUGCAGGAACUUUGAGCAUGGCUUCCGAGUGCACGGGAAGAACUUCCACCUGAUCCAGGCCAACAAAGUGCGCACGCGGUCUGUGGGCGAGUGUGUGGAGUACUACUACCUGUGGAAGAAGUCAGAGCGCUACGACUACUUCUCCCAGCAGACGCGGCUGGGCCGCAGGAAGUACGGCCCGUCCGGAGCCACUGACGCAGAGCAGGACCUGGACAGCAGUGACCCCGAUGGCCCCGGCCGCCCCCACUCCUCACCGCCCCUGCCCCCUGCCGCCGCCGGCCUGGGCCCCGAGCAGGACCCCCUGGCACGGAUGCACACCGAGCCGCCGAGCGUGGACGGUGCAGCCGGCAGCCUCGCUGAGCCCGAGGAGGGCUCCGACAGCCUCCCGUCCUCAGAGCCUGGGCCCUGUCCCUUCGAGCCAUUGGACGCGCCUCUGGAGGUGCCCCUGCCCCGGCGGCCCCCCCGCCUGGCCGAGCCGGCCUUCUGCCCCCCCGCCGCUGCCGCCCCGGAGCCCGGCGCCAGCCCGAGGCUGGCUGUAGACUUGGCCCUGCCCGGGGCCCUCCCCGAGGAGCUGCCCCUCGGCUCCAGCCACACGGACGUGGACGGAGAGCCCGAGGAGGCUGUGGCCCCCGCGCAGGUGGCCUUGUCGGUCACCGAGUUUGGACUCAUCGGCAUCGGGGACGUGAAUCCCUUCCUGGCUGCCCACCCAGCGUGCCCGGCCCCCGGGCUGCACUCGGAGCCCCUGUCACACUGUAACGUGAUGACCUGUUGAUCGCUGGCUGCAGGUGGGCGUGUGUGGCCCGGACUGGACUUGGGGCCACCGCGGGGCCUGCCUCUGUCCGUCUUCCCCACCUUCCUCCUCUUCGUGGGCCGCGGGUACCGCCUUCUCUGCUCAGAGCUCUGCAAGGACCGGGGUGACCGGUGGCCGGGCCGCCGGCCCCAUCCCUCCCCACACGGACGGCACCCUCAGCGCCUGACACGCCGGCUCCGCCGUGGGACCUGUCUGGCAGCGGGGUCGGAGGGCCUGGCCCCGUCCGGCCAGCAGAGGCGAGGAAGGCGUCGCUGCCCAUCGGGGCGACAGGGAGAUGGGGCCGGACACCGCCCCCACCAGCAGCCUCCGCCCGGGGCACCCAGCUCUCUGCGUGGCUCCGUCUCCCUGCCCCUGGCCGGGCCGCAGGCUGCCGCAGCCCAGGGGUCGGUGGGCAGCUGCUACUCGGUGCCAAACCCCGCGGGGCACAGAGCCAUAUACCUCGACGUCGGCCCGCACCCCUGCCCGCUCUCUCCACUUCAGGAAAAGACGCACUUUACACCCUCUCUCCCUCGGGGCCCCAGCAGGCCCGGGCGUGGGCUCGGGGAGACCGGUGACUCACACCCCCUUGGUACCAAGGCCCCGGCACCGGCCACACCGAGGGGCCGGGCUCUAGCCUCUUCCCCAGCCCCGAAGUCAUAUUUCUGUUACACUCCCCGCCAAGAUGGCUUGGGGUCCUGGUUCUUCUCCUGCCUCCGUUGUUUAUUUAUGGUUCUGUUUACAAACUGGAGUGGGGUCCUCCGGGGGGCAGGGCGGCGCUCCCAGCCCCCGGGUGUCACCAGGGCACACGGUGGCUCAAGCCCCUGCUCCAGGAGGCGACUUAGCCCUCCCUCUCGCCUCACGAGGACCACACUGUGAAGUGACAGCUGCCUUGGACCCCUCGCUGUUUUAUUUAUUAAACUUGGUUUGAAGCCC